UUGAGCGAGUGGCACUGUGGACGGUGCGGUUUCAUGAAGUGGUAUGGUCCGGAUAGAUUCGCUUCCGAUCUAGGUAUUCUCUACUGAUUUUUCCCUCACAUCGACCUGAGCCCCAGCCGACUCAUGAACUCGGCGGCCCUGCCUCCAUUUUCGCGUCCCGCCUCCCUUGAUCUGAAUGAGUGCCUCCUAUCCAUCGGGUGGUGAUUCCAGCACUGGGCCUCCCAUCCAGACGUUGGGCCAAUUGGUCUUGGAUCCCGAGGGCGUGGUGUGGCAAUCCAGUGGCGAUCUUGAGAACGACGAGCACAGCGCCCGCACUUUGGCCCGUCUGGUGGGCAGCCUACCGUCCCGCGGGACCACCCAACGGCUGAGCUUGCACUACACGGAUCACUCGUACGUGGUGACGCUCUACCGCUCGCAAAUCCACGUCCGAAAAGUGUCCCGUCAAGCCAACGCCAUUGAUCAAGGCCUGGAUUGAUUGAUUGCCCGGGUUGUCCAUCUCAUCCGGGUGUUUCCUACCGUGGAUGAAUGAUGAGCGUCAUGUCGGAAGAUGUGGUCAAGCACUCUGUGCACACUUUGGUGUUUCGCUCGCUCAAACGCACCCACGACAUGUUUCUGUCCGAUCAGGGCGCCUUACCGCCCAUGGAUCCCGCCGCCGAGCGCCUCUGGCACCAGACCAAGGCCAAGGACAUUUACGGACCCAUUUUGGCCCAGGUCCAACGCCACCAGACCCGGGGUCAGUUUGGACGCAAUGCGGCCUGGUCCUUGACGGACCAGUCGCAGGCCACCGCGACCGGCUCGACCGUGGCCGUUUAUGCCGGGUCCGGGCCGUCCGGGGGCGGUCGGGCGGAGACAGGGCCCGUGACCGACGGAGUCAAAGGCGCGGGCCCGUCGGCGGUGUCGGUCCGGAAACCCAUGGCCUUACCCAAGCCCCAUUGGCACGCCCCGUGGAAGUUGUACCGAGUCAUUUCCGGCCACACGGGUUGGGUGCGUUGCGCCGCCGUGGAACCCGGCAAUGAGUGGUUCUGCACCGGGGCGGCCGACCGCAUGAUCAAGAUCUGGGAUCUGGCCUCCGGGAAGUUGAAGCUCUCGCUCACGGGACACGUGUCGACUGUCAGGGGCGUGGCUGUGUCGCCCCGUCACCCGUAUCUGUUCUCGUGUGGCGAGGAUCGUCAGGUCAAGUGCUGGGAUCUGGAAUAUAAUAAGGUCAUCCGCCACUAUCACGGGCAUUUGUCGGCCGUGUACGACUUGGCCUUGCAUCCCACCAUUGAUGUGCUCGUCACUUCCGGGCGGGAUUCCACGGCUCGUGUUUGGGAUAUGCGCACCAAGGUCAAUAUCCACACGCUCGCCGGUCACACCUCGACCGUGAGUACGGUUCGAUGUCAGGCCACCCAACCCCAGAUUAUCACGGGCAGCAACGAUUCCACCAUCCGCUUGUGGGACUUAGCAGCGGGCAAGUCCAUGUGCACACUCACCAAUCACAAGAAGUCGGUGCGGUCCAUCGCCCUCCAUCCCAAUUUGUACAUGUUUGCCUCGGCCUCGCCGGAUAAUAUUAAACAGUGGAAGUGUCCCGAGGGCAAGUUCAUCCAGAACUUGACGGGGCACAAUUCGAUCAUCAAUUGCAUGGCCGUCAAUUCGGACGGCGUGUUGGUCUCGGGGGCCGAUAAUGGGACGAUGCAUUUCUGGGACUGGAAGACGGGUUACAACUUCCAGCGAUGCCAAGCGCCCGUCCAACCCGGGUCUUUGGAUUCCGAGGCCGGCGUGUUUGCCAUGACCUUCGACCAAUCGGGCUCGAGGUUGAUCACCUGCGAGGCCGACAAGACUAUCAAGAUUUAUAAGGAAGACGAUUCCGCCACCGAGGAAAGCCAUCCGGUCAACUGGAAGCCCAACAUACUCAAACGAGCGCGAUAUUAGAUGUAGCGAAAAAAAUGUGUGCCAUCUACGUUUUACUUGUUUAUUUGCACAUUUGUAUCUUUCGAGAAAAUACACGCCUGGGUUAUUCUGA